UAUAGGCGGUGGGAUGCCUCAGACACAUAUCACGCAUACUAGAAAAUUAACUAAAUGAUAACUUGAACGAAAAUCAUAAACUAAAAGACCUUUUUUUACAAAGGUUCAUUCAUUAAGAAAGUAAUGGGCCUAGCCUAGUGGAAAAGGACACCAGAAAGGCAAAGAAAAUAAAACCCCAACCCAAAGCCCAAAAAUGGUUGGCUACCCAAUAGGGCCCAAACCAAAGAGCCCAGAGAGAGGUAUUGCCCUCCAACCCUAGCAGCAAUAUUCCUUCAUAUGGAGCCACCGCCGCUGGCUGCUAUUGACCGGGCCUCUGCCCAACAGCUCCAUCCACCGACCGAAACCCCGGAGCGACGAACUGAGAUGAAUGCCAAGCAGGGAACUGGAGUAGACCAACCCAGACGGAGAUUAGUGGAAGUAGCCGAAGCCACCAUCGAUUAUUCAUCCCUGGACCAAACCCAUAAGCUCCUCGACGCGGGUAGCAACAAGGGAGACCUCAUGACGAACGGGCGGCUAGGUGACGGAUCCAUGAGGGACGAGCUUCUGUCUUCAAGAUCUUCAUUCCGCGUCCAAGUCGGGGCCUAACAUCUCCGAAACACCAAGAGCAACAUGGCGAAGCAAGGAGGUAGACGGGGGAAAGAGGAUGAGGAGACAAGUUGUAGACGAAAACGAAUCCAGCCUCCUUACUUCUUAGAUCAAGUCAUCUCCAUAUCUGUAGAAACAAAUCAGAAGGCAAAAAACUCUACCCACAAAGGGGGAGGAAAGAGACCCACCGGGGGAAGAAACACAAACCACAAAGGUAAAGCAAACACAAAUUAAAGACGGAGCAACAUAGGCGAGGAAGGGGAAAAUCAAAGGGAGGCGAAGAAGACGGAAAGACGCAUGAAGGGAGGGGCUACCGCCGGCCUCUUGAAAGCACUGGCGGCAACCCACAUAAACUAAAAGACCUAUG